GCGGUCAGAGAGCCCCUCCCCCACCCCCUCCUCUUUGAAGAGAAAGGGAGGGAAUGAAUAGCGGGGGGGGCUCCCCCUGGGGGCUGGCCCCCAUCCUUCACCUGUCACCUGAAGGGAUAAGAGAUGGCAGGACCAGCUCCUGGCCCAUCGGCUGCCUCUAGCGCGGAGGGGACGAGGCCCUCCCCCACAGCACUGCUUAUUAUUCAGAGGUUGACUGCCCCGGCUGUUGGAGGCUUCCUCCACGAGUCUGCCUGAGCCACUGCCUUGCUGGCCCAGACGCCGGCCACUAGCAGCAAGCCCCACAGCGGAGUUUCUCGCUGAGGGAAGAAGCGCUUCCCUUUGACUUUUCUGCACCUGUUCUGAGACGCUGCCAACUUAUGGCGACCCUGUCGGGAUUUCGAAGCGAGAGGUGGUUUUGCAGAAUCACAGAGUUGGAAGGGGCCAUGCAGGCCAUCUAGAUUAGACGAGGGGUUUGGAUUUAUACCCCACUUUCUCUCCUGUGAGAAGACACCAGCCAGCUUUCAGAGGCGUUUCCCUUCCUCUCUCCACAAUAGAUAUACUACGAGGGAUUAUGGAAGAAGAUCUGGCUUCUCUGUUCUUCCAGCAACAGUAUAUGUGCUCAGAGUGCGGGCGUCUGUAUAACACGUUGGAAGAGGUUCUGAUCCACCAGGAGGGACACAUAGCAGAACCCUGUGAACUCCCUGCAGCUGCCAGUGCUGAGGACACUGGGCCACAACAGAGUAGCCGUUACCAGUGCCUGGAAUGUGGGUGUGUUCUCUUGUCGCCAGAUGAGCUGCUGGCCCACCAAGAAGUUCACCCCAGGGAGGUGCCAAGCCAACCCCCACCUCCACCAGCUUCCGCAGGGCAGAUCCGCUACCAGUGCAAUGAGUGCAACAAACUGUUUCCCUCCACGAGCCUGUGGCUGGUGCACAGGCAAACCCACCUGAAGCAAGAGACCCCGUGGGAGUCCCAGCUGUCCUCCUGCCAGACAUCUCCUUCACCACCCGCCGGCUUGCCAGUUCUACCCUAUCGGGUUCCCCCCCUACCGGAUUUCCCGCCUCCCGCCCAGCCUGCUCUGCCCAUUCAUCCCUAUGAGUGCUCGGAGUGCACCCGUCUCUUCCUGACACCAGAGGAGCUGCUGGAACACCAAGGUGAGCAUUUCACUGAGAUCGAGAAAGAGAGCGGGGAAGUGCCUGAGGCCACGCCACAGAAGAUCGGAAGUCCACACGCAUCCCCUGUGCCAAGCCCAGAGGAGCCACCGGCAGCCGCUCCCCCUGCUCCGGCCUUCUGCUGCAGCGAAUGCCCGCAGGCCUUUAGUGCAGCAGAGGAGCUGCAGCGGCACCAGCAGGAGCAUCUCGGCACCAGUGAAGAGUUUCUGUGCAGCGAGUGCCAGCGCGGCUUCACCACGGCCAAGCGGCUGUUAGCCCACCAGCGGGUCCACGUGGACGGCACUUAUGAAUGCCCCAACUGCAACAAAAUCUUCAAGAAGGCAGCGUCUCUAGAGCAGCACAUGCGCAUCCACAAGGGGGAGGCACUCUACCUCUGCAUGGACUGCGGGUUGGGGUUCUCCACCGAGAUGACCUUAAUCGUGCACCGCAGGAGCCACACAGCCAACCCCCUGCACCGCUGCCACUGCGGCAAAACCUUCAGCAACAUGACCAAGUUUCUGUACCACCGCCGCACCCACGCUGGGAAGAGCGGGGUGCCGCCCGCUCGUGGGGCCGGAGGGCAGGCACCCAGCCAGCCUUCCGAGCCUCUGCCCAGUGGGGAGUCUGCUGUGAAUGGCUCUUCGUCCUCCUCCUCUGCCAGCACAAGGACGGCUGCCGAGGCGCCCAGCGCUGGCUUCUUGUGCCCUCAAUGCGGCAAGGCCUUUUCCACUCACAUCCGGAUGGUGCGGCACAAGCGGGUGGUGCACGUCCUAGAGCGCAAGCACAAAUGCCCCACGUGUGGCAAAAAAUUCAAGAAACUGGUGCACGUGCGGAACCACCUGCGGACGCACACGGGGGAAAGGCCUUUCCAAUGCUCCGAGUGCGGCAAGACCUUCGUUUCCCAGGCAAACCUGGCCAGGCACCAUGUGACGCACACCGGAGAGCGCCCCUACCAGUGCCAGGUUUGCGACAAGCGCUUCACCCAGUCCUCUAACCUGCGCCAGCACCGCCUCCUGCACACGGCCCCCAACAGAGACGAGGCCCGGUCGCCCGCACACCAAACUGCAAACGCCGACUGCUUGGCCUUCCCUUGUCCGGACUGUGACAAACGCUUCCCACGUCGCCACCUCCUGGAACUGCACCGGCUUAGCCACGCUGGGCCGGAACCCCAGUGCUGUCCAGACUGCGGAGUCCUUGUUAUGUUCACUUCCAAAUCACACGAGCACCGCUGCAGCAAGCGUCGGAAGCGCGCCACAGCGCAGUUUUACCCUUGCCUGUCGUGUGGCAAGUACAUGGGCUCCUUGGCAAAGCUGGCCAUGCACCAGCUGGUCCACUCAGGCCAGCGCCCUCACCUCUGCCCGAUUUGCGGCAAGGCCUUCACUACCGCCAGUGGGCUGAGCCGCCAUCAACAGCGCCACGCCGGCCUGCGGCCUCACAAGUGCCCCAUCUGUGCCAAGAGCUUCGUGGCGGCCUCCGGGCUGCAGCUGCAUCAGCGCAUCCACACGGGCGAACGCCCCUUCCCUUGCCCCGACUGCGGCAAGGCGUUCCGACAGGCCACCCAUCUGCAGGAGCACAGGCGCCUGCACACCGGGGAGCGCCCCUACCUUUGCCCAGACUGCGGCAAGGCCUUUGUGCAGUCUAUGCACUUGGCCGAGCAUCGGCGCAUCCACACUGGCGAACGCCCCCACCCCUGUCCUGUGUGCCCCAAAACCUUUAAGACGCUUUCCAACCUACGCAGCCACCGCAAGACUCACACCCAAGUGGCGGUCGAUCAGGGCGUCCUCCAGUCUGCUGGGUCCUUCGCAGCGACCUGCCAGCCCACCCAUGCUAUCAUGUGCACGGAAUUUGGGGAGGCCAUUGCAAUCAUAGAGAGCACUGAGCCGCUCCCCUUGGGGGGGACGAUAGAGAUUUAUGAGGCAACGCUUGACGGCAACAUCCAUCUUAACGCCUUUGUAUAGGGGCCAAGGUUCUCCUAGCUCUUUUUUUGCAUAGGGGCUCGAUGUUUACCGGCAGGAAGCAGAGCCCAGUUUCCUUCAUUCCAUGCAUCGUUCCAGCGUGGGUCUCCCGGCACUUGCGCACCGGUCGCACGGUGCCCAAAUGGAACCUGUUCAGUUUGUGUUGGGGUCAAGCCCCCCCUUACUCACUUGCCUCAUAUGGAGGAUUUCCUGGGACCUUGCCUUUUUUUGUGUGCAGAGUGUGGUGCCAUAGAAUGGACUGUUGACGUUUGGUACCAUCCCGACCGCACAUUUGUUGUAAAUAAAAAGUUCUGUUAUAUUCCGUUAA